AUGGAAUUUGGAUUUUCAACACUAAAAACUGUCACAAUAACUUAUAAUGUGUUAUCAGUGGUUUGUGGCAUAACUCUCAUAAUUCUGGGAGUAUCGAACUUGGAUGAGGCCAAAGACUUGAACAACAUCACCGGAAACAACAUUCCGACGUAUUUGAUGAUAUUUCUGACAAUUCUGGGAAUAUGUUUUAUCACUUUACGCCUUAUUGGCUUCGGAGGUUUUUGUUUUACUAAAAAGUGUUUAGUUUGGACGUACGCAACUGUUUCGUUGUCACUUUCGACGAUGUUGAUUCUCACAGCUCUCAUAAUUUAUUUUACGAAAAAUACGUUUGCGGAUCUCGGAUAUGAUCGAACGAUAAAGUUCUUUUUCGAAUAUCAUCGGGAAGAAAUUGUGCAUAAAUUGCAGGAAAAGUACGAAUGUUGCGGAGCAUUGUCGCCUUCGUACUGGAUAGAUUUGCCGGAUUCGUGUUGCUUGAAUCAACGAUGUGAUAUUUUGAGUACGCUGCUGAUGGGAUGCGCGCCAAGGUUUCGUGAAUUGAUAUUGACGAGUGCGUCGGUGAUACAAUGGACAUCGAUUGGAGUGAGUGUAGCGGGGUUAUUCGGCGUCAUCCUCUCUUAUUGGAUUUGGAGCCAACACAAUUCCCAAAAAGAUCCCGACGAAGAAGAAAGCGAAACGACAUAA